UUUGUCACUUUUGACAAAUCAUCAAUUCUGGAGAAAAUACGUGAAAAAGAAAGAAAAUUUCGACCGAAGUCGUUUAUUAUUCUUGCAAGCGAAAAUAAUACGCGUAAUAGUUGUUACAUCGCCAAAGAAUACCAUCGGCCGCUCGAAAAUUGAUAUUUGAUGCGAGAUGUCUCAAUUGUAAAUAUAUCGAACGCAAAAUAAUUGCUCGUGAAUCUCUAGGAAGUGUUGUUCUUUCGUAAGACAAGUCUGAAUCAAGGACAGAAGUGGUGACAAAAAACGGAGCGAUUCGAUUUCUGUUCGAUUGCUUAUGAGGAGUGUGAAUUAAUUAUCUUGUAAGAAAUAUUGCAAGACCAAUAACAGCGAGGUUUUCGAUUGGUUGUCGCAACGUUCAGAAGGAAGAAUGAACCUUCAUGUCUUGCUCGCUAAGAGCACUAGAAAAGAACAGCUGAAGAGAUUUCUAUUGUAAAUAAGCUGCGUAUUGCCGUGUAAAUACCUUGUCGGUAUCGGAAACAACAAUGGAAGGAGACAUUUGCCGGGUUUGCCGCUGCGAGGCCCAAUCCGAUCGACCCCUGUUUCAUCCCUGUAUUUGCACAGGCAGCAUCAAAUGGAUCCACCAGGAUUGUUUGAUGCAAUGGAUGCGCUACUCGAGGAAAGAAUAUUGCGAACUUUGCGGUCAUCGGUUCUCGUUUACACCGAUUUACUCGCCCGACAUGCCCCGCGUGCUCCCCCUGAAAUACGUCGCCGGAGGCUUGCUGAGUUCGAUCGGAACCGCCGUCAAAUACUGGAUCCACUACAGUAUGGUUGCGGUGGCGUGGCUUGGAGUAGUUCCACUGACAGCCUAUCGUACCUACCGCUUUUUGUUCUCCAGCUCGAUCGACAUGCUGCUGACACUUCCGAUAGACAUGUUCUCGAUGGAGAACAUCGCGAUUGAUGUAUUCAGGGGCUGCUUCGUGGCUUUGUGCACCCUGUUCACGUUUGUUGGGCUCGUUUGGUUGAGGGAGCAGAUUAUUCACGGUGGCGGGCCCGAAUGGUUGGAGCGAGAUGAUCCUCCAGCAGUGCAACCGGACGCUAAUGUGAACGAGGAACGACCGAAUCAGCCCGAAAAUGAAAGGGAGAACGAUGACAACAACAAUAAUAACGAUAAUAACAAUGAUGAUAACAAUAACGAGGAGGAACACAACAACAACAAUAACAAUAAUUUUGUGGAUAAUAAUCUGGUCAAUCUGCAGGACGGGGAACAUCCGCCGGCUGCGGUCGAAGCCCCCAUCGCCGCUGAAGAGCCUCUGGAAGCUGCAGCACCUGCUGUACCUGUCCCUGUUGAUGGUCCCGCCCCCGCAGCACACAUUCCGGAAGCUCCCGAAGACAAUGUUGCUAUCGAUCCGGCGGAACCACCACCACCCGACGCACCAGCCGAUGCAGAGGGCGAUCCGGAGGCGGUGAAUGAACCCGCCGAAGCGGCUGCCGACGAAGCCAACUGGAACCCAAUGGAGUGGGAACGGGCUGCAGAGGAACUAACAUGGGAGCGGCUGCUCGGUUUGGACGGAUCGAUGGUAUUCUUGGAGCACGUGUUCUGGGUUGUUUCGCUGAACACGCUGUUCAUUUUCAUUUUCGCCUUCUGUCCGUACUCGAUUGGAAACUUUCUGAUUUCCUUCCUGGGAAUCAUUACCCCGGGUAAACCACUGCUACACUUUCACGGCUUGUUGACAACGCUGCUGGGCUACGGUGUGAUUGGAAUAACGUUAGUUAAACUGCACGCUAUAGCCCGAUUUUUGCGCUGGCGUCGCCAACGUCGAAUUCUCGGUCUAUGCUAUAUAGUAGUGAAGGUCUCGCUGUUGUCGGUGGUGGAAAUCGGAGUGCUUCCAUUAGUGUGCGGAUGGUGGCUUGAUAUCUGCUCGAUGCCGAUGUUUGAUGCUACGCUGAAAGACAGGAAAACUAGCUUUAGGGCUGCACCCGCGACCUCCCUGUUCAUCCACUGGAUGUUUGGAAUGGUUUACGUUUACUACUUCGCAUCAUUCAUUGUGCUGCUCCGAGAGGUUCUCCGUCCGGGAGUACUGUGGUUCUUGAGAAACUUGAACGAUCCAGAUUUCAGUCCAAUUCAGGAAAUGAUUCAUCUCUCAAUUCUGCGUCACGCACGACGUCUCGUAGCAUCUGCCAUCAUUUUUGGCUCAGCAGUUCUUUUGAUGCUAUGGGCUCCGAUUCAGAUACUGAAGUCAGUUUGGCCAACGUUCCUACCGUACACUUUAUCCGGAGACUCGGAAGUCAAUGAGCUUAGCUUGCAACUGUUGUUGUUGCAGAUCAUCCUACCCGGAUUCUUCGAACAAUCUCAUACCCGCAUCUGGCUAAAGGGUCUAGUUAGAAUUUGGUGCAACGUGGUGGCACGAGUCCUGGGCAUCAAAAGCUAUCUCCUCGGCACGGAACCCCGUCCAAAUGAGGACGAAAUUCCACCACGUCAGCAACCUGACCUGGGAGCCGGACUGGCAGCGGCUCACCAGGCAAUUAUGCAACGGGAUGUUCCGGUUGGCUUUCAACCAUACGACCGGCCACCAUUCUUCGCGCUUCGCCUUGUCGGAUUACUGCUGCUGAUGUGUGUGAGUCUGGUGUUCGGAUCGUUUGCUACGCUCACAGUUCCGGUGUGGAUCGGCCGUCAUGGGAUGACCCUGUGGUCAAUGGGAUCGCACAUAACACCACCCCCGAAUGCGGUUGCCAGUGGGACCGAUACUCCGCCAAGGCCACACGAGCUAUACACGGCAGCAAUGGGAACCUAUCUUUGCUGGAUCAUAUCACGGGGAAUUGCGGUUGCAGUCAAUCUAUUCCCCCAGGGAAGAACGGUUGUAAUUGAACGAGUGAAGCACUGGAUUUCUGUGGCAACAUCCUACGCGCUAGCAGCGAUGAUUUUCGUGCUAAUGUUAGGAGUAAUCCCGCUCAUGUUCGGACUAUUACUGGAACUGGUUGUGGUUGUGCCAUUGCGAGUCCCAUUGGUACAAACGCCGGUCCUGUUUCUAUGGCAGGAUUGGGCACUAGGAGUUUUGUACACCAAAAUCGCAUGUGCGCUAACUCUGAUGGGACCAGAUUGGGCUCUGAAACGUGCCAUCGAACAAGCAUAUCGCGAUGGACUUCGUGAUAUGAAUCUGAAAUUUAUCAUCCGUGAGCUGAGCGUACCGGUUAUAACAUGCUUCGGCCUUGCGUUGGCCGUCCCAUACGUGAUUGCCCACUCGAUUCUGCCAAUCUUCUUCACCAAUCAAGUAACGAGAAUACUUAUCGCCCGUCAGAUCUAUCCCUUCCUGCUGCUAAUUGCGUUCGUAAUUGCAAUCGUUCAUCUUCAGAUACGACAGUUCAGAAAACUGUACGUGGCCAUCAAGAACGACAAAUAUUUAGUCGGCCAACGUUUGGUUAACUAUGAUCAUCAGCGCAAGAAACGUGCGGAAGCUGCCAGCCAAGCGGCGGCUGCGUCGGCAGCCGCGGCUGCUGCUGCUGCUGCGGCGGCGGCACCUCAAGCUCCUCCGUCACAACCGCCACAAGUCCAAGCUCAACCGGAACCGACCGAACACGAACAACCAAAUCAGCCGAAUGAGGUCCGACACAAUUCUGAUCCGUCAGUAGCGGCUGCUGCUGCCGCUCAAGCCGUACAGUAGAAUUUCAGGCGACGAGAAGAUAAGCGAUCUUACACGAUCACGACUACCGAGUGUAUAUGUUGUUCUGGAGCAGCAGAGGAUACGGAAUGUCGGAUUUGCAAAGGACAUUAAAAAAAUUCUUUGCAACGAAGCCUGGACAUCAACAAGAUCCUGAGAAAUCGGAGAAGUAAUUUUGUUAUUCUUUUUUGUUUAGUAUGUUUGAUUUACUUGUAUUAUAGCAAAAAGAAAAAAAAAGAAAAAGGCAAAUUGAAAAAAAAAUACAACCACACAAAAAUCGGUGAUGAGCAGAGAAAAAAACACAAAAACACUGUUGUUAUAGUAGUAAUAAAUAGUGAGUUUAAUCAUCAAAUUAUAAUAAAUAUGAAUGAACCAUGAAGGAAAAAAACACCUAGAGUAAGAUAUUUAUACUCAUGAUAGGUGAGCAACUGGCAAAAAUACGAGAAAAAAUAGAAAGAAAAAAAACGAAAAAAAUUACUAUAAAUAUGGUUACUGUCGGAUAAGAUACGGACAUGGGUAACAUCAAGUUGAACAUGUUGAUAAGCUUAUUGUUUUAAAUCAAGCCGAAGAUUUCUAGUUCGCGACCACAUUCUAUUUUUUCCGGCUCUUAUAUGGUAGAAAAAAAAACCGACACGAAAGAAGACGCAUCCGCAAAUAGAGAAGGGCAAAACAUUUACAGUUACAUUUUAAAAACAUUUUUAAAUUGGUACGCCACUCGCAAACUACACUCUUGCUGUACUCUCCAGAGUUGAUAAAGAUAUUUCUUCUUUCAAUUAGACUUUAUUGCAAAACGAAAAUAAUAAAGAACUGACGCUGCAACAAAUGAAUAAAAGCACACUGUCGAGUGUUUGUAAA